AUGGCGGUCGGCGCGGGGGGGUUGUGGCAUCCCGCGGAGGUGCGGCGAGACGAGCUGAAGGCGGGCGACCACAUCUUCUCGUGGCGCAUCGGCAUCCAUCUGCAGCAGCACGACGUGCCUUUACACGAAUCCCUCCCCUCUCGUCUCGCCCACCGCUUGACUACCGCAGGAGUGUACGUGGGAGCGGACGAGGUGAUUCACUUCACUCGCCAGCAGGCAGACGAGAUCGGCUCCAACGCCCUUCUAGACUAUGCUGCUUCCAUCUCCCCCGCCCUUCAACGCACCACCACCACCACCACCGCUGCUGCUGCUGCUGAUUCUGGCCGUGCUGAUGCUGUUGGGAUUGCUGCUGCCAGACCUGGCGGUGCAGGUUCGGCGCCAUGCCGAGCCUGUGGAACAGAGGACAGCAGCCACGGCGUGAUCUCGUCGUGCCUGCGGUGCUUCCUGCACGGCGGGCGGCUGUUCAGAUUCGACUACGGCGUGUCGGUGGGGAGCUUCUGCCUGCAGAUGCGAGGCGGCACGUGCAGCAUGGCAGUUCCUGAUGCUCCGCAUGCAGUGGUGCAGAGAGCACGUCUGCUGCUGAAAGAGGGCUUUGGGCGCUACCACGUGCUGGACAACAACUGUGAGGACUUUGCCGUGUUCUGCAAGACGCGUGCACUCGUGGUGGACAAGACCCGCGUGGGCACCAGCGGCCAGUCCGCUGCGUUCUUUGGGUUCAACUUUGCCUCUGCCACCGCCGCCGUUCCCCUGCUGCUCGUCGGCCCCCUGGCUGCUGCUGCUGUGUUCGCCGGUGAGAUUGGCGGGGGGGGGUUGGGAGAGGUGAGGGGGAGCGGAGAUGGUGUGCUGCACAUGGUGCUGGCAUGGGUGGGAGGGUCGUACAGCCUGAGCCGAGUGGCGCUGGACGUGGGGGUGAGGAGGGACGUGGUGAAGGUGGAGGGGGAGGACCUGGUGGCAAGUCUCAAGGGGCAAGGAAGGGUGUGCGGGGAUGGGCCUGGAGGAAGGAGAGGGAAGGACGGGGUGGAAAUGGUGGUUGAGAGGAUGAGAGGGGGCCUAGGGAUUGCCGAGGCACGGCCAGAGGGGGUGAACAAGCCGGAGCUGCUGCCCAAGGAGUUCACCACCGUCAUCGACGUUGCAGGGUUCCUCUCCCCCGGCCAGGAGCAACGGCUGGCGAAGGACGUGGAGAGAUUGGAGCAAGACACGGGGUAUAAACUGAGGAUACUGGCGCAAAACUACCCUAACACUCCGGGGUUGGCCAUUCGGGACUACUGGGGGGUGGACGACGAGACUGUGGUGUUCGUCGCUGACCCCAACAUGGGCAACCUCCUGAACUUCAAUGUUGGCUCGACCGUGGACCUGUCGGUGCCCAGAAGCUUCUGGAGCCGGCUAGCUGGCAAGUAUGGCAACAUGUUCUACUGGCGGGAGAAGGGCGAGGAUGUGGCGAUUGAGGCUGCUGUCAUUGCCAUCGAUAACUGCCUGAGAGAGGACCCCGGGCCCCGGCAGUGCGCUGAGAUCAAGUAG